UGCUUUUCUUCCAGGAAUCAUCGGAAAGCAAAUUGUGAAGUGAUUGAUGCUUUUUUGGGAUUGAGAUCGGAGAUUUCAUUUCUUCUGUAAAAAGAAAAAAAGUUGGGGAAUCGAUUACAAUGGCGACGGUUCAGGCGGUUGUGGGGAGCUUAACGGCGAAUGAACGGGAAAUAUUGACCGCCAUCAACACCGGCGCCUCCAGCCUCUCGUUCGUCGGCUCCGGCUUCAUAGUCCUUUGCUACUUACUCUUCAAAGAACUCCGCAAGUUCUCCUUCAAGCUCGUCUUCUUCCUCGCUCUCUCCGACAUGUUGUGCAGUUUCUUCGGCAUUAUUGGGGAUCCUUCAAAAGGAUACUUUUGUUAUGCUCAGGGAUAUACGACACAUUUUUUCUGCGUUGCUUCGUUUCUGUGGACAACGACAAUUGCUUUCACUCUUCACCGAACAGUUGUCAGACAUAAAACGGAUGUGGAGGAUUUAGAGCCGAUGUUUCAUUUGUAUGUCUGGGGAACUUCGGUCGUUAUGACAGUUCUACGCUCUAUUGGCAAUGACCAUGGUCAUAUAAGCCGUAUGGGUGCAUGGUGUUGGGCACAAACGUCCCGUACAGGAAAGGCGGUUCACUUCAUAACAUUCUACGCGCCUCUGUGGGGUGCAAUUCUUUUCAACGGCGUCACGUAUUUUCAAGUGAUACGCAUGUUAAACAAUGCCACUCGUAUGGCAGUUGGAAUGUCAGAGCGUGCGUACCAGUCAGAUUCACGGCCAGAUAUGAAGGCCCUGAAUCGAUGGGGUUACUAUCCACUCAUUCUGAUUGGGUCGUGGUUUUUUGGCACAAUCAACCGUAUGCAUGACUUCAUUGAACCAGGUCAUAGAAUCUUUUGGCUCUCUGUUCUUGAUGUUGGCAUGGCUGCACUUAUGGGCCUCUUCAACUCAAUAGCAUAUGGUCUCAACACUUCAGUUCGGAGGGCCAUUUACGAAAGAUUGGAUCUGUUACCAGAAAGGUUAAGAAGAUGGUUUCCGAAGAAUUUGAGGCCAAGAGGACAGCAGCAGGACAGUGAACUUGUUUCAUUGAAAACUGGGGACCAGCGGUAGCUAGCUAGCAAAUGUGGUGUUCCUUUUAUGUGCACAUAAUUAAAGUUAAGAUUCUAUUAUUUUUGCUGAUUAUAGCUGGCCAAGAAUUAGAGAAGAAUCGCGUUUUUUUUGCAUUCUACCAAUAGCGAGAAUCAUUUAUUAGUGAUCAGAAUGUUGCAGUUGACGAACUAGUGCAAUUAUCCCAAUACGCUAAACAAUUUUUGAAUUGUUACGUGUGUAGCUUCGACUAAAUUUGUCCGUGAAAUAUUGGUGAUAUUCGUCUGUACCUUUGCUUGAAGAAUUUUACUAAACCAAAUCCCGUACGUAUGGAUUGGUGUUCUUGCGGUUUCUAAA